GAGGCUAGACCCCAGCUUAAAAAUCCACCAGGCCUAGCAAAAAUGGCUGUCUAGCGCCAUAGUUGUGGUUGGAGGUUGAGUCCUUUACUUAUCCGUAACGCCAGAGGUGGAAGAUCUACCGCCAUAGACAAUGGCAUCACUGGCUUCGUCUUCGUCGUCCAUUAAUUUUCUUGUGCAUGUGCCCGCAGCUUUUAAUGGCAUUGGCACAAAACGCAGAAGUAGAGGAAAGACGAGUUCUAUCAGUGUUACUCAUUCAAGUCUCGCUGACGCCUCGGCUCUCCUCCAAGCAGCCCAUUACACUGUGGAUACGUGCAUAAAAAGUGGCAUGGUUAUUGGGUUGGGGUCUGGUCAUGCUUCUGGUAUGGCCAUACAAUAUCUGGGUCGACAACUUCGUGCUGGCGUUUUAGAAGAUAUAGUAGGUGUACCCACGUCCGUUGCAAGUGCAAGUGAAGCAGCGAAGGCAGGAGUUCCAAUGGAUAAGUAUCAAGAUUGUCUUCAAAUUGAUUUUGCGUUUGAUGAUGCUGAUAUUAUAGAAGAAGGAACACUCAGUGCUAUCAUUGGACGCCAAAGACCAAAAGAUGAGGAGUCAAUACUCCUUCAACAGAAGUCCAUACUAAAUGCAGCCAAAAAGCUUGCGUUCAUGAUCACACAGAGUCAGUACAAAGGUGAUCUGGAUGGGUCCAUCCCAGUUUUGAUUCAAUCUCUCAACUGGAUGCAAACUGCUGAAGAGAUUGAUGACCUAUUUUUAGGUGAUGCAGAGGUAUGGAGGAGGUCAUCCAUAGGGCAAGCAAGUCCAUUAGGGGGUGAUUUCCCUUUAGUCACUAGAGAAGGCCAUAAUGUUCUUGAUGUUAUAUUUACAUCUCCAAUUCCAAGCCUUGCGGAAGUAGCUGAAAGCCUUGAUAAAGUCAAUGGGGUCGUGGACCAUGGAGUCAUAUGCAAGUUCCCGUUAGUUUUCUUGCCUCCUUAUGCACAGCAGUGAUUACUUCUUCAGAUGGACUGUGCAUUGUUAAUAAUAUGCCAAAGAAUGCGGUGGAGAAAAGUUAAUGCCCACUUUUCUACUGGCGGGUUUUGUAUGAUUCUUCAUGGAAAAGGAACGAGCUCACGAACACAACAGGGUAUCAAAAUUUUGGGUUUCAAACUGUUUCAUUGCGCUGCCCCCUAAAGAAAAGCAUCAAAGAGCCAGCAGUGGAUUUCUAUCAUUUCGUAAUUUGCUCGCAACAAGUUCCAGCACUGAAGGGGGGAUCGAAAAUAGUUAUGAACAAAAGAUACACUACUAACAUUACCCUCUAUUUUAGAAGGGGCCAUCUGCGCAAACUAUGACCCUCCAAACCUAUAUAUCAUAUGCCAUCACCAACCAAUGAGACAAGAUAAACCAAACAAUAACAAUUUUGGACCUACUAUCUGUUCUAAUGCAUGUAACAAAUGGGUUGGCAUCCUACUCUUACCUCCUAAAGAGAUAUUAUCUUAUUUCAAACCCCUCCAUUCUCAGAGAGCAAUAGAACGGUCUCCCGAAAUCAGCACUCUGCAUGUGCAUGGGGCUCUUCUCAUUAAUCUACAGCUAUGGAAUGGUGUGAUCCUUUCAGUAAGAAACUGCCAAAGGGGUGCCAUAGCCAUAAAGAUGCGACUUUUGCCAUCUCCAGGCAAUCUGCAAACUCUCUUCAAGAUCGGUGUAUUGUGCCGUCCAGUUCAGUUCUUGCCUGAUUUUAGAUGGGUCGC